UUGUAUUAAUUAAGGGGACAUCAUAUACAUUCUCGGCUCAUUUAUUCCAAAUUGGAAAUUCACAUUGAUAGUCGAUUAACUAAUUCAUUUGCUUGAUUCAAACUCAAUUGCAUCAUGCUUUGCCCACACUACACUUAUUCGACCAUACAAUUUUGCAGGGCAAUAAAGUAUCUAUUCAAAUAUAUAAACAAACCGGAAGACCGAGCGAAAGCAUCUUUGGUUGGCAGUCAAACCUCUAUGGGUACUGAAAUUGCUGGAACAUCUACCUCAGUCAACCGUAUAGACGAGAUAAAAGCUUUUCUUGAUUGUCGAUACAUAACAUCUGGAGAAGCAUGUUGGAGAUUGUUCAAAUUUGAUUUGUAUACUCAGUACCCCGCUAUUUUGCGUAUGUCAUAUCAUCUCCCCGGCAAGAAUGUUGUGUACUCUAGGCAAACAUCAACUCCUCAAGGUUUACUGCAUUCAAAACGUGCAAACACUUCCAUGCUACUAGGCUGGAUGCAGAUGAAUCAAUCAUCUAUUGAGGCAAGACAAUAUACAUUUGUUGAAUAUCCGCAGCAUUAUGUUUGGGAUACAACAAAAAGAGAGUGGCACAAGAGGAAAUCCAAGUUCUGUAUUGGCAGAUUAUAUAACUGUAAUCCUUCACCCACUAAUGAUCGGUUCUACCUACGAAUGUUGUUACAUGUUGUUCGAGGGUGUACUACCUUUGACGAGAUCAAAACAGUCAAUGGAGUAGUGCAUAAGUCUUUCAAGGAGGCAUGUUAUGCUCAUGGGUUGUUAGCUGAAGAUAAUGAGUGGAAUGACUGUUUGAAAGAAGCUUCAUUCUGGGCUUCUGGGUUUAAACUUCGAGAUUUGUUUGUCACUAUCCUAACUCAUUGCCAGGUGUCAAACAUUGGAGGCUUUUGGGCUACCAACUGCUCAUUAUUAUCUGAUGAUAUUUUGCAUAGUCGUCGAAGGGAGCUGAACAUGCCUAACUUGGUUAUGAGUGAGGAUCAAUUGAAGGACUGCUGCUUGCUGGAAAUAAACAAAUUGCUAUCAAGACACUGCAAAUCUCUAUAUGAUUUUCCUGGUUUGCCAGUUCCGGCUUCUCUGAAUUUGGUCUCUUCAUCAAAUAGAAUGAUUGCAGAGGAACUUAGCUAUAAUGUCGAAGAUCUUCGUCGUCAGUUUGAGGACAAAGUGAGCAAGCUAAAUUCCCAACAAAGAUUGGCAUACGAUGAAAUUAUUGACUCUGUAUAUACUGACAAAGGAAAAUCAUUCUUCAUUGAUGGACCAGGAGGAACUGGAAAGACGUUUCUAUGGCAGGUUAUUUGCAUGAAAUUGCGAUCAGAGCAAAAGAUUGUUUUAUGUGUUGCUUCUUCUGGAAUUGCAGCUUUACUAAUGGAUGGUGGUAGGACAGCUCAUUCUCGCUUUCAUAUCCCAGUAGAUUUGGAUGGAAGAUCAACAUGUAACAUUCAACAAGGUACUGAAUUAGCAGAGUUAGUUCAACGUACUUCAUUAAUCAUUUGGGAUGAAGUUGUUAUGUCACAUAAACAUUGUGUUGAAGCAGUUGACAAGACAUUGCGGGAUAUUUUACGCCCUCGGUUUCAGAAUAGUCAGGAUAAGCCCUUUGGAGGUCUUACUAUAGUUUUUGGUGGAGAUUUUUGACAAACAUUGCCUAUAGUACUAAAGGGAACACGUGCUCAGAUUGUCAACGCAUCUAUCAAGAGGUCUUACUUAUGGCAUCACUUGAGGGUGAUAAAAUUAAUUCAGAACAUGCGUUUAGCUUGAAAUAAUUGUUCUCCACAAGAAGCUCAAGAGAUUGCUGACUUCAACAACUGGCUUCUACAAGUUGGCGAUGGAAGAGACUCAAAUGUUUUUGGUGAGUCUACGAUUCCUAUCCCCCCUGAAUUGUUAGUCCACCAAGAAGUUGAUCCUGUUGUUGAUAUAGUAUGUUCAACAUACCCUGAUCUGAAUCUGAAUCAUAGAGCCCCGAGUUAUUUGGUUAGUCGAGCUAUUUUGGCUCCUCAUCAUGAUAUGGUAUCUGCAAUAAAUGCUUAUGUUUUAGAAAAAUUUCCUGGUGAUGAGUUCACAUACUACAGCUCAGAUUCAAUACAGCUCGAUCAUGGAAACCAAGAGGUUGUAGAUACUGAUUAUACAGUUGAGUUCUUGAAUACUUUGAAGAUUGGUAAUUUUCCAGAGCAUGCACUGAAGCUCAAAGUUGGGUGCCCACUGAUUCUGUUACAAAAUAUGGACCAAACUACAGGACUUUGCAAUGGCACAAGAAUGAUUGUAAAGACUAUGGGGAAAUGGUUCAUUGAAGUUGAAAUAAUGACAGGGACACAUGUUGGAGAUCGGGUAUUUCUUCCUAGAUUGACAUUGUCGACGUACUACAAGAGUUUGAACUUCACUUUAUCCAGAAGACAAUUCCCCAUUGCGCUUUGUUUCGCAAUGACCAUUAAUAAAAGUCAGGGGCAGACACUUGAUCAUGUUGGCUUAUGUCUUCAGGAACAAGUUUUUUCUCAUGGUCAGUUAUACGUGGCUUUAUCAAGGGUUACAACAAAACAAGGCAUCAAGAUUCUUAGCUCCCAUGCUACCGACGAUAAUACAAAGGCGAUGAAGAAUAUUGUAUAUGGGGAAAUUUUUGAUUGAUUCUGAAAUGUGGGAUACAGAUUAGGCCUUUUGUACUGCCUUUCUCUGCCUGGAUUUCCACAGUACUCGCCUUGCUUCUUCCAUUUUUACAUUUCUCGGCCCUCUGUCAAUUGAACUGGAACAUAUAUUCUCAUAACACUAUUGCUCAUCUACAUUUUGGGACCAGAAAUCGUUAUAUGUGCUGGUAGAUUUUAUAGCAAGCUUACCUUUUUCCUCUCCUUCUGCUUUCGUGCAUGCUUGGAUAAUAUGUGUUCCUCAGAUAUACAAAGUUUUCCAAUGAUUCUCGACCGUAUAAGCACCAUCAGUGGAUUCUAUAACAAUUUUUGCUCAGCCUGUUCACAAAAUAAUUCAUGUGCGUAAAC